CCAGCCAUCGCGCCGCUACAUUCCGCCCUCCACCUACCUUACUCCAGCCGGUGCUUGUUUAUAGCCCAGCUGGUCACCGGGUGAACACCAUUGCAGAGACUAUGUGUACAUACAAAGAUCCUGCAGCCUAGCUAGCUAGUAGCUACCCAUCUCUCCCCUCUCAGGAAGCCUGCAAUGCCGGAUCCGGUUAGCAUUACUGCUGCUGUGGGAUGGGGCGUAACCGCACUAGGUUGGCUCGCCUCGCCCAUCGUUCCCAGAAUCCUCAACAAAGGUUUCUCCUUCCUCGGCUUAAACGCGGCGGAGAAGCUCAAGAUAAUCGACACACAAGUUGUACAACUGCAGCGGGUGAUGGAAGUGGUGGACGAGAGCACUUACAGGCUUCGCUUGGAGCCACUCCUAAACGACCUUCGAUCCGCUGUCUACGAAGCCGAAGACAUCUUGGACAGUGUCGAGUAUCAGCGUCUCAAGAAGCAGAUCCAAGAUGCCAAGUCGGAAGGAAGUACGCCUCCACGUAAGAGGGAUUGGCUGAAGAAGAAGAUUCUUCCGUGUGCCAUGCCGAGCUCCCCAUUCAAAGACAAGGUCUAGGUGGUGCCGUAGCAGCCGUGCUGCUGCAUGGCGCACAAUAGAGCUCGAGGGGGCGACCGCGGUAACUGCGGAGGAGCUGCUCGGUGAUCAACCAGGGGUUGGUUCUCUACUGCCACUCCUAUGAUUUCUCCAGUAUUUCCAUUCCCCAGCUCAACUGCUAUUGAACUGCACCUAUUUAGUUGAUCUAGUUUUAAGCAACCUCAUGUUUAUUUUUGUUUUAAAGUAGAUGCCUCGUUAUUCUCAUUUGUAGGCACCAAGUAAUUUAUUUUUGAAGUUUGUUAUAAUUCUCUUAUUUCUACUAUCUAAUGUCUAAUGCUGUUGUAAAUAUGCUAGGUAUUAUUGGGCAGUGGACUCCUUUGUGCUGGCCAUCACAAUCCGCCAUGAGAUGAUACUUACCAUCAGGAGGGCCGCCGACAAGAACUUGAAUAACAACCUCAAUAGUAUUAUAUGGUCUGUUGUUGUAAAUUGGAUUGCACUGGUUCCUAACCUUGUUGUGUGAUAUAUUUUGUCAAUAUAUUCAGUAAAUUUGGAUUU